CACAUUUAUUGCCACCUUUUGAAGAAUGAAUCCAUUCUUGAUUUUUUUUCUCACACGAAGCCGCCGAAUUUAUUGCUAGUUUUUGUUUUUUCAAAUAAGUAAUUGAGGUUUUGACCGUUUUUCUCAUUUUUAACUAGAGUAGUUAAAACAAAUAUUAAAAUACAAACCAAUACACCAAUGGCAUACUGACUUUAUAUUGAAGUCGGCUAAAUCGCGUGAAAAAGUUUUUGCCAAACCACAGUGUGAAAAAAAACUUCAACAGAGAGAGACCACAGAAUGAUUCAACAUUUUACAAACUUUAAUAUCAUAGCAAUUGUACUUUUAUUUGCUCAUACAAUUCGAGUAAUAUUUGCUGGAAUAAACAAUUUACACACGUAUGAUGGCAUUAAGACACAUGAUAUCAUAAACGGAGACAUAUUUUUUGAAGUUAUUGAGCCGGAAGAAUUGGAGUAUACUUACCGAUUGAAACCAGCUAAAGAUUUUGGAGGCACAUUCACUCAGGAUAUCUUCAAACACAGGAAGCAUAACUUUUUAGUAUUUGCUGAACCACGUGAAGCAUGUACACCGCUUGAAAAUUCCGAUCAAUUGUAUGGUAAUAUUGCAUUAAUUGAACGCGGCGAUUGUACGUUUGUAACGAAAGCCAUCAUGGCCGAAGAGGCUGGAGCCAUUGGAUUGAUUAUUACCGACACAAAAAGCGAUUUGAAUGACGAUUUCUUCAUUGAAAUGGUGCACGACAAUAGCUCAAGAGAGGUUGACAUUCCUGCCGGAUAUUUAUCAGGUCGAAAUGGGCGAAUGAUUAUUAAUACACUGCAUCGAUAUGGGUUAGAUAGGGCAAUUAUCAAGGUACCGAUAAAUUUGACAUUCACACCGCGUGAACUUAUCAAUCAUCCGCCCUUUUAUCCGCAAUAAAAGCAAAAAGUUGUUACGAAUUGAGAGAGAUCGAGAGACAUCAACAGAAAUUUGUAUGAAAAUUUAGCAGCGUUACAAUUGUGAAUUUUUUUUUUAAACAAUAACAAAAGCUAGUCAAUUCAAAACAAAAUAUGUACCAAUUGGAAAAUGUAGAAAAUGUCAUAAAUAAAGUUUUGUUACGAUAACAUCUUCUAUUACUAAA